UAAGAUGCUGGGUGGUGGAAGGGAGCCGAGCGGUGGGCAGCGGCUGAGUCCCCAAUAACAGGAGCCUCGCAUUUCCGUGGCAUUCCCAUUUGCUAGUGCGCUGCCGCGGCCGCACGCCUGAUUGAUAUAUGACUGCAAUGGCACUUUUCCAUUUGACAUUCUCUCUCUCUCUCUCUCCCUCUCUCUCUCCCUCUCUCUCUCUCUCCCUGUGUCGCUUAAACAACAGUCCUAACUUUUGUGUGUUGCAAAUAUAAAAGGCAAGCCAUGUGACAGAGGGACAGAAGAACAAAAGCAUUUGGAAGUAACAGGACCUCUUUCUAGCUCUCAGAAAAGUCUGGGGAGAAAGGAGCCCUGCGUUUCCCCCAAGCUGUGCGGCAGAUACUGUGAUGAUCAAUUGCAAGUGCAAAGACUAAGACAAAACUCCGGCACACAAAGGACAAUGACAACCAGAGAGCUUCAACCAGAUCCUGCCCUUUCCUUGAAAGGAACUGGAUCCUAGGAGGUGAAGGCAUUUCCAAUUUUUAGUCCUCUGCCUCCCUCUGCUGUUCCUCUUGAGAAGUUUUCCCCGACAACAAUGAGAAAUCAUGUACUAGCUGCAUCCUUUUCUAUGCUCUCCCUGCUGGCACUAAUGGGAGAUACAGACAGCAAAACAGACAGCUCAUUCAUGAUGGACUCGGAUCCUCGACGCUGCAUGAGGCACCACUAUGUCGAUUCUAUCAGUCACCCGUUGUACAAGUGUAGCUCAAAGAUGGUACUCCUGGCCAGGUGUGAGGGGCACUGCAGCCAGGCGUCGCGCUCCGAGCCCUUGGUCUCCUUCAGCACUGUCCUCAAGCAGCCCUUCCGCUCCUCCUGUCACUGCUGCCGGCCCCAGACCUCCAAGCUGAAGGCACUGCGGCUGCGCUGUUCGGGGGGCAUGCGCCUCACGGCCACCUACCGGUACAUCCUGUCCUGUCACUGUGAGGAGUGCAGCUCCUGAGGCCGGCUGCCGAGUGGCUUCUGGAUGGGACAGCCUCCCCCGCUCGCUGAGGCAGCUCACCCAGCCAAGGGAAGGACUGGCAAGACAAGGGUUAAGGCAAAAAAAGAAGGAGCAAUCCCCCCCCCCCGUCCCCCCCCCCCCCCCGGGGGGGAUUCUGCAUAUUCUAGUAAUAAAGACUCUACAUGCUUGUUGACAGAGAUACUCUGGGAACUUGUUUGCCAUUCCUAUCUCCUUUCCCUGGUACAAUUUCUUCUGGUUCCUUUUCAGAUUCAGGCAUUUUUCCCCAACCCCCCACCCCCACCCCUACCCUUGGCGCUGAAUGCUGUUUGGGGUUCCAACAAUUCCACAUUAGUGGGAAAAGUGGGCCCCCAUGCAAGAGUGGGUCAGGCUGUCACUGUUUGGUACAGAUUAGGGACUCAUUUGCUUUGGAAAGCAGGAAAGCCCAAUUCGUUCUGGGACAUCAUCCGGCUUUUUAAAUUUUUUUUUUUAAUCUGGUCGUGUCGUCUAAGGUUGCUGUUGCUGCUAAAAGUUACCAAUUUCAAAUUCCAGGCACCAAGCAUGUGGAGAUGUUUAGCCAGGAUGACUUACGGCCAGCUAACUGACAUUAAAAUAACUAACAAACAGAUUCUCCUCUGCGAUGCUGGAACUCCUGAUAGCCAUAAUUAUUAUUCAGAAAUGACUUUGGGGGAAGGCAAAGUGGCAGAAAGAAUUCGUCCCCUUGAGGCUCUCUUGGAUCGAUUAUGGUAAAAGGCCAUAAGGGAGCAGACUUUGAAAGACCUGCACAAAUACGGAUCCUGCACUGACUUUGCAAAAGGCAUAUAUGUAUUAGUGGCAUGGAGAAUGCACUAUACUCAUGCAUGCAAAUUAGACAACCAAGUACGAAUCUAUUUGUGGGUGUGCUCUAGCUGUAGCCAUGUCGUGAGCAUCAUUCUCUAACGUCCACUUGUCCAUGUGAAACUGGCUGCCGAAAAUGGUGGCCUGGCUCCUCUUCUGAACAUUUGGUUCAAAUAUAUUUUGGUCCUGGAGGCUCCAAAUUUGAGUUAUGCCCAUGUUUUGAAAUAAAAAGAGAGUAUCGUCAAAA